UGUAUUGAGAACCCCUGAGGUUGUGUCCAACGUUGGAGAAAGGUUGGAGAUGGCUUUGAAUGUAGACAUGUGACCAGGAUGAAUCGAUGACGUCAAACAUAGUCGUAUUACCCAAAUGUCGAAUGGACCCACAGACAUCAUGAUUUCACAUCGUCUGGACUAAUUUAUAAAUUUUGUUAUAGAUAAUUUUGGAAAUACCUGUCUGGAAAGGAGUGGUGUAAUUCUUCCUCAAUUGGCGCAUUUUGCUAGUCUAUCCCCAUACUGUUGCUAAACAGUCAAACAUUCAUCACUUCGACGAUACACCUAAACAUCAUGGCAGAAGCAGAAUCAAGAGAUAGCAGUGGAAAAUAUGCAUAUGCAACGUUGCUAACGCGACCCUCAUACCUGGCCGGUGCCAUUCUCCUGGCAUACACUCUCCAUGAACAUUCACCAUCCACACCUCUGGUUAUCAUCUACACCCCAGAGACUCUCCCAGAAGACAGCGUCUCCGCUCUAGAAGCCGAGAGCCGCCACACGAACACGAUACUCUACCCAGUCGAGCACCUACGAAUCCCUAAAGUCGCGGACGAGAAGGACCACUCCACCGGCAGCAUGGUCGCAGAGCGCUUCAUCGAUACAUGGACGAAGCUGCGCGUAUUCCAGCUCGACGACCUCGCGCUCAAGCACGGCUGGACGAAACUGUGCUUCCUCGACGCCGACAUGAUGAUAUUCAAAGACCCGAGCCCCGCCAUCUUCGCCCCGGACAUCGACCUCAAGGACAACGAGCUCCGCACCACGCACGUCUGCGUCUGCAACCUCGACCACGACGCCUGGGCGCCCGCCGAAUGGACGCCAUCGAACUGUGCCUACACCUCCCUGACCCAAUCCACCACCUCCUCAUUAUCAUCCCUCGCACCAGUCACUCCCCACCACUCCACCCGCGGCAUCUUCAACACAGGCACCUUCGUCUUCCGCCCCACGGCAUCCAUAUCCCACCUCGUGAUCUCGACCUUCGCCUCGACACCCACGUCGAAACUCCUCUCCUACAAGUUCCCAGACCAAGACUUCCUCAACGAAGUCUUUGCCUCCUCGUGGCGCAGCCUGCACUGGAGCACCAACGCGCUGAAAACCUGGCGGUACUGGCAUCAGGAGAUGUGGAGCGAUGACGAAGUGAGGGCUCUGCACUACAUCGUUGACAAGCCAUGGGCGAGGAGGGUGGCAGAGGACGGGGUCGCGGGGUAUAAGGGGUUGGAUGGGCCGACGCAUUCGUGGUGGUGGGCAGAGCAUGAGAGGUGGGAGCGUGCGAGGAGGGGGGAGGGCGAGACGGAGGAGAUCAGGUGUGUUGGGAGGUAUGUUGCUUCUGAGGGGGUGGAUGAUGAGGAGGGGAAGGAGGCUUUGAGGGCUGUUGGGGGCGGAGCGCAGGACUUUGCGAAGAAGUGGAAGAAGGGUGACGACGAUGGGGAUGGAAAUGGGAGUGGGAAUGAAGAGAAGAGUCACCACGAGCCUCAGCCGAGUUCCACGGUGGAUCGGGAGGGGGUUGAGGGUGGCGAACAAACCUUUGGGAAUGGCCCCCAUGGUCCUGUCUUGAGGAGACCCAUGGUCGGCGAGCGAGGACAUGGCCGAGUGGUUCGUGGAGGAUUCGGCCGCGGUGCGAGAGGUUCGAGCUACAUGGCGGAUGGCUAAGUGAUAGUUGGGGCAACGGUGGCAUGCGCACCGCAAGGGCAUUUAACAGCAUUCAACUCAACACUAUGCGAUUCAAUGGUUGUAUCACUGAUUGAAAAGUUGAGUUUUUGAUCUAUCUGAAUGGUGAAUGCUGUUUAUCAAAGGGCCACUCCAACUCCAACGAUGUGGUGAGACGGUAGAGGC